AUGCACAAAGCUCUUGGAAAGGUGCCUGGCUUGCAGUAGAUAUUUGCGGUUGUGCUUGCUGCUGAUAUUGGUAUUAUUUCAUGCAGAUGUGCAGCCUCUAACACGCAACCCUUUUUGCUUCUGGGAAAGCAUUUCUCCUGUACAGAAAUAAUGCAAUGAUGGUCUCUUUUGUGCAGCCCCCACGAAGCAGUGAACAAGAACAUGUAGGUAUAGGAGGAUGCCAAGGAUCUUUGACCCUUAGCAAGUAGCUCGUCUCCAGGUGUGGCAGGAGGGAUGAGGUGUGCAGCUGAGUGGGGUUUUAUUGAAGGCGUAUGGUUGAAAUAAACUAAUCUGCAAUUGUUGGCAGAGAUUAAUAGAAAGGCAGCUGUUUCCUUUUCUUCUCUUUUUUACAGGCUUUGUUUUCACUUUCUCCAUGUUAUUGUACAAUAUUAUUGUAACCAUUAUGUACCAUUUACAGAGUCUGUAUUCUUUGAUGUAGAACAGUUCUACCUGGCAGGGGAGAAACUAUGAUCACGAAAAUGGUUUCCCCAGGGUUAGGCUGGUCUAUUGCACUCCUGAGGUGCUAACUGUUGUGGUUUCCCCAAAUGCAGGAAACUCGACUGCAUCAUUUGUGGUAGUGGGGACUAUGUUCGUGUUCUCCGGGAAGAUUCUAGCCUACGUCCAUCCUGGGUCGGAGCUUUAUCGCAUCUGCCGGGGAGAGGGGAGCAUGGCAUCUGCUCCAGACAUUGGCUUUUUUGAAGUUUUCCUUCUUAGCGUUGUUUGUUCAUGCUGUAGAAAAACACCUUAAAUUUACUCAGCAUCUUUAUAACUGGGGAAAUGACUGCAUUUCAUUAAAGAGAUAGGAAACUAACUCCUAGGAAUAAAGCCAUUCACUGGCUUAAAAGAAUCCAAAGCUUUCCUUGACCUUAUUCUUGAGCCAAACCUGUUCUUUCAUGGAGACGCCCUGGAUUCCCUGUGACACCUGACGUUUCUUAUUACUGUCAUUCAGGUGGUAGUCAGGGGUCUAACCCAGGACCAGGUGCUUGCUCGGCAGAGUGCUGACUGCUCCUCUGUCACCUCCCCAGAACAGUCUUCCUGGUACCCGGAAAGGUAACCCUUACAACUGUCAGAACCCUAGUUACUACCUUAACACCCCACAGCACGUGUUAGUACCUGGAAUCAUACAAUCAACCUCAGGUAGAUCCUGUAACCUGACUCAUGAGGCUUCCAGGCCCAGGGGAUUAGGCUGCACUGCUGAACAAUGAACCAGAAAGACAGGUGAGAGCCUGACUUUUUUUUUUUUUUUUAAAGCAUUACUAAAAUGUCCUCUGUAGAACUGUGGACCUGUAUGGUAGAACCUGGGACCAUGGGACCGUGGCAGGGAUGUGGAACACUGCAAGGCCACAGGAUUACCUGUUAUCCACAGCAUCAUGUUUUGGCUUUCUUAUUUAUUUAUUCAUUCAAUUAAUUAAUUAUUUAUUUAUGUUUUUCAAGAUAGGGUUUCUUUGUGAAACAGUCCUGGCUUGUUUUAUUAUGUAUACAGUGUUCUGCCAGCAUAUAUGCCUGCAGGCCAGAAGAAGGCACCAGAUAUCAUUACAGAUGGUUGUGAGCCACCAAGUGGUUGCUGUGAAUUGAACUGAGGAUCUUCAGCAGCGGAGGCAGUGCUCUUAAUCACUGAGCGGGUGCCACUACAUCCCCCCUGGAGUGAAAUUGUUUAUGCUGAUCUUCGUGCAUGGUUUUGAUUCGUGUAUUUAUUCCUAGAAGUCAAAUUACAGGAAGAGAAGUGUCUCUCAUAAGGACUGCCAAGGACAAUGAAGGUUCUCUUAUUGAAAGAUGCCAAGGAUGAUGAGAGUGGCCAGGAUCCGUAUAUCCAGGAACUGGGAUUGUACGGACUGGAAGCUACGCUAAUUCCUGUUCUGUCAUUUGAGUUUUUGUCUCUUCCCAGUUUGUCAGAAAAGCUGUCUCAUCCUGAAGGCUUCGGAGGACUCAUUUUCACCAGUCCCAGGGCAGUGGAAGCAGUGAAGCUGUGUCUGGAGAAGGACAAUAAAACUGAAGACUGGGAAAAGUCUCUGAAAAGCAGAUGGAAUGCCAAGUCUGUGUAUGUGGUUGGAAGUGCCACCGCUUCUCUAGUGAACAAAAUCGGCCUGGAUGCGGAAGGAGCACACAGUGGCAAUGCAGAGAAGCUUGCUGAAUAUAUUUGCUCCAAGCCAUCUUCAGCACUGCCUCUUCUCUUUCCCUGUGGAACUAUCAAAGGAGAUACUCUUCCGAAAAUGCUCAAGGACAAAGGGAUCCCCAUGGAAAUCAUGCAUGUCUAUCAGACAAUUCCACACCCUGGGAUCCAGGGGAACCUGGAGAGCUACUAUGAAAAUCAGGGUGUCCCAGCCAGCAUCACAUUUUUCAGCCCCUCUGGCCUUAAGUACAGCCUGGACUAUAUUCAGGCAUUAUCUGGAGGCAGCUUUGAUCGGAUUAAGUUUGUAGCCAUUGGCCCCAGUACAACUCGUGCUAUGGCUGCCCAGGGCCUGCCUGUGAGCUGCACAGCGCAGAGUCCCACACCACAAGCCCUGGCUGCAGGCAUCAGGAAAGUGCUGCAGCCAGACAGCUGCUGCUGAGGCCGUGCCGGGCCAGAUCCUUCCUCGUGCACAGUACAGCUUGAGCUGCCUCUAGGAUAGAGCCCCGAAUCAGGGCUCUGGAGAAGCUGCUGGCAGCCUAUCACUGUCUUCGUGGAGUCCAGCUUGGAACCCAGGCCAGGUGUAACUGGCCAUAGGACCCUGGGGGGAGCUUCCUGAGCCUAGAAAAAAGGAAAUGAAAUCAUCCACAUGGUUACUUGUGUGUGCAGCCCACUUUCCUUUUUAAUUCUCUUUUUUAUGUAUAUGGGGGGGGGGCGGUCUUGUCUGUGUCUAUGUUUCUGUGCCAUGUGCAUGCCUGGUGCCUGCAGAAGCAAGGAGAGGGUGUCAGAUUCCCCAAGAACUGGAGUUAGAGACAGCUGUGCAUCCCCAUGGGGGUACUAGGAAUUGAACCCAGAUCUUCUUAGACAACAAGUGUUUUCAAUCACUGAUCCAUCACUCCAGCCCAAUAUUAUCAUGUGUGGUUCUUGGUGCAAAGCUGUGCUCGGGGGCAACAUACAUGGUCUUUCUCUGAUGCUGACCUGGUUAAGAAUGAUAAAUUGCUAUUUGUGAAAUGUUUAUUCAUUAUACAAAAACAAAACAAACGACUGAGCCAAGCAUGGUAGCACAUUCAUCAUCCCAGCAUUCAAGGGAAUGGCGAUGGAGACAAGACAGCCAUGCAUUUAAGGCCAGCCAGGCCUAUGUAGUGAGAUGUCAUC